GGGUUAUCGAUUGCCACAUGUGGACGCCAUUUUCAGCCGGAUCAUCGGCCACGUCUUAACUUCAUGGCCGAGGUUUCUUGUUUAAAUCUAAUAUUGAAUUUUACUCAUUGAAUUUAACAAUAUCUAAUACAUUGGAUAUUCCAUAAACAACUAAAAUGCCUUUGAGGUUAGAUAUUAAGAGAAAAUUGACCGCCAGGUCAGACAGAGUAAAAAGCGUAGAUCUUCAUCCAACGGAACCAUGGAUGUUAUGUUCUUUAUAUCAGGGUAAUGUUAACAUAUGGAAUCAUGAAACUCAGACACUUGCGAAGACCUUUGAAGUAUGCGAUUUGCCAGUUCGAGCAGCCAAAUUUGUACCUCGUAAAAAUUGGGUUGUCACUGGAUCAGAUGAUAUGCAGAUUAGAGUAUUCAAUUAUAAUACUUUAGAACGAGUUCAUUCGUUUGAAGCUCAUAGUGAUUAUGUCAGAUGUAUAGCGGUACAUCCUACUCAACCAUUUAUUUUAACCAGCAGUGAUGAUAUGUCAAUUAAAUUAUGGAAUUGGGAAAAGUCUUGGAUAAGUCAACAAAUUUUUGAAGGACAUACACAUUAUGUCAUGCAAAUUGUUUUUAAUCCAAAAGAUAAUAAUACUUUUGCCAGUGCAUCCUUAGAUAGAACAGUAAAAGUAUGGCAAUUAGGAUCAUCCACUGCUAAUUUCACAUUGGAGGGUCAUGAGAAAGGUAUUAAUUGUGUGGAUUAUUAUCAUGGCGGUGAUAAGCCUUAUCUAAUAUCAGGAGCAGAUGACAAAUAUGUCAAAAUUUGGGAUUAUCAAAAUAAAACUUGCGUUCAGACAUUGGAAGGACAUACGCAAAAUAUCUCAGCAGUCUGUUUUCAUCCAGAAUUACCUAUUGUUCUUACUGGUUCUGAAGAUGGAACAGUUAGAAUAUGGCAUGCUGGAACAUAUAGAUUGGAAUCCUCUCUUAAUUAUGGUUUUGAAAGGGUUUGGACUAUAGCUUGUAUGCGAGGCUCAAAUAACGUAGCUAUUGGUUAUGAUGAAGGAAGCGUCAUGGUAAAAGUUGGCAGAGAAGAGCCAGUAGUAUCUAUGGAUUCUUUGGGUGGUAAAAUUGUAUGGGCGAAGCAUAGUGAAAUCCAACAAGUAAAUCUAAAGGCAUUAGGAGAAGAACCUCAAGAUGGUGAACGAUUACCUCUUGCUGUUAGAGAUAUGGGUGCAUGUGAAAUUUAUCCUCAAUCUAUUCAACACCAUCCAAAUGGAAGAUUUUUAGUACUUUGCGGAGAUGGAGAGUAUAUAAUUUAUACAUCUAUGGCAUUGAGAAAUAAAGCUUUUGGACAAGCAUCUGAAUUUGUUUGGGCAGCCGAUUCCAGUCAGUAUGCUGUAAGGGAAAGUACUACGUCUGUAAAGGUCUUCAAAAAUUUCAAAGAGAAGAAAAGUUUUAAGCCAGACUUUGGUGCAGAUAAUAUAUUCGGUGGAUAUUUACUUGGUGUAUCAUCUGGGUCUGGUUUAUCCUUCUUCGAUUGGGACACAUUAAAAUUAAUUCGACGUAUAGAUAUUCAGCCUACGCAUGUUUAUUGGGCUGAAAAUGCUUCUCUUUUGGCAUUAGCUACCACAGAUCAGUAUUUUAUUUUAAAAUAUGUCGCUGAUGCUGUCAAUAAUGCACCUGAGAAUGGAGAAGAUAUAGAAGAUGCAUUUGAGAUGGUAGCAGAAAUGACGGAAAUAGUAAAAACGGGUCUCUGGGUUGGUGACUGCUUCAUCUAUACGAAUAGUGUUAAUAGAAUAAACUAUUUUGUUGGCGGAGAAGUAGUUACAGUUUUUCAUUUAGAUAGGCCAAUGUAUUUACUUGGUUACGUACCAAGAGACAAUAGAUUGUAUUUAUGUGACAAGGAACUCUCCGUUGUUUCUUAUUCAUUAUUAUUGUCCGUAUUAGAAUAUCAAACAGCUGUUAUGCGAAAAGAUUUUGAGACUGCCGAUAGAGUAUUGCCAACAGUACCUAAAGAACAUCGUACCAGAGUGGCCCACUUCUUGGAAAAACAGGGAUUCAAAGAACAAGCUUUGGCUGUAUCGACUGAUCCGGAUCAUAGGUUUGAAUUGGCAUUGGCUUUGGGAGAUUUGAAAACGGCACAUUCCCUUGCAAAAGAAGCGAAUAGUCAACAAAAAUGGCGACAAUUGGCAUCUUUGGCAACGCAAAAAGGAAAAUUAUGUUUGGCACAGGAUUGUUUACAUCAGGCACAAGACUUUGGUGGUUUACUUUUGUUAGCAACUAGCACUGGAAAUGCAAGCAUGAUUGAAAAACUUGGCGCCGAUGCUGAUGAAAUGGGAAAGAAUAAUAUCUCAUUCUUAUCAAAUUUCAUACUCGGGGACAUAGACAAAUGCAUUGAAAUUCUCUUGAAGACUAAUAAAAUCCCUGAAGCUGCUUUCUUUGCUAGAACUUAUGCACCUAGCAAGAUAUCGUCCAUCGUUCAAUUGUGGAAAGAAAAAUUAUCAGCGGUCAGCGAAAAAGCUGGACAGAGUUUGGCUGAUCCCGAACAAUAUGAAAAUCUAUUUCCCGGAUAUAGAGAAGCAUUAAAAGUGGAACAAUUUUUGAGAGAAGAAAACAAAAAGAAAAUUUCUGCAUCCGCGUUCCCAACGAUACAGCCCAAUGUUGAACGAAAACCUAUAGAAGAAAUGUUGGCGGCCGAAGCAACAGGAAAAUUCAAUUAUAACGUAGCUCCCGGUAUCAGUACUGUAGAAUCUGAUACGAUACAACAAUCGAACGAAGCUUUACUCAACAGAUUAGAGAAUCUCGAGAUCGUAGUAAAAACGAAUCUGUCGAAGAGUACGGUUUCGGAAAAGAUUACAAAAACAAGCAAUUCCAGGCCAUUGACCGUCGACGAUGACGAUCUCGAUCUCGAUCUUGAACUUGACGAUACGAUCGACACUACCGGUGUGAAUUUAGAUGAUGAUCUUUUAGAAGAGGAUUAGCCGAUACGAAAUCGAGAUACGAUAAAUGCGUUUAUGGCACUCGAACGACAAUUUCAUUCCCCUUCCAUUGGUCAUUCCCCCAAAGAAUCAACGAGAGUUCUUUAGAGACAAGUAUUAAAAGAAAGAAAAAAAGCAACAAGAGAAGCAAGAAAAAAGGAAAAAAUAAAAAAUCUAAUGAAUUUAUAUCAACAUCGCAUCAAUUUCAAAACUUGAAUAACGCAAUUCUGCGAACGCUCAAUGAUACAUACUUAUAAAUAAAUAUAUAUAUAUAUAUAUAUAUAUACAUAUAUAUAUAUAUAUAUAUAUAUAUACAUGCAUAUAUAUAGUAUAUAGAAUUUUAAUUGUAUUGUUAAUAUAAGAAAAAGUACAAGUAAUUGUACAAACCAUUUGAUUGUAUUUCUUUUAUAUUAACAAUUGAAACUUCCGACAAACAGAUUGAUCGAUUUAAAUAGAAGACAGUAAUUGGAAAUACGUGAUAAACAAAAGUUACAUAUAUAGAUUGUUACAUUUUUAUUAUUGUCUCGAAAGAGACUAAAACAAAUGAUUUUAAAAUUACUUUUAUAUACAAAAUCAUGGAUACACGUAAAUACAUGCGUCCUCGCUCUGCACACAUACAUACAUACAUACAUACAUACAUACAUACAUACACAGAUAUACAUAUAUAUAUAUAUGAAAUUAUAUAAGACAAGAGAUAUCAUUAAUUUUGAUGAUUAAAAUACAUAACUCGAUUUAUAUUAAUGUAGAUAAGAUUCUACGAUAUCGUAAUUUCGUGCUUUUUAAUAAUUUCUUUUUUUUUUUCUUUUUUUUCCGUUUAUUAAGAUGGCGCCUGUAAAUCUUGUAACUUUGUUAUGUCACAUCAAAAAUAUUGAUAUUAUUUAAAAAGAUAUGACGUAUUAUAGUGCAAUAUCGUUAUCAUUGUGUCAGAAUCUCUUUCUCUUUUUCUUUUUUUUUUUUUUUUUUUUUUUUUAUUUCGAAUUUGAACGUGCCUCGAUUUUUGUGGCCUCCUUGCAGAAGAACGAAACCGAUGCACGCGUUACGUGUCGCGAAGAAAACAAAGAGGCGCGUUUGGUACGAGCCGUACGUGCUCACCGACGACUUUUAAGAAGAGAAGGAGGAGGAGAAUAAGUCAGAAGGAUUGAGGCACGCGUGUUCCGGUAAAAUAUAUAACGCCGUUUAAACGUUUGCCUCGCCAAGGGAAACGAGGAGAUGCAAAGAGUUACAUUUCGUUUCCCAACUAAACGAAAAGCUGAUAAAUUUGGAUCGUCGAAAUGCAACCUUUUGAAUAUGCGCAUUUCACUAAUAAUAAACUGUUCCAUGUUAAAAGCGAA